UUAGAGAGAAAGCCCAUCGAAGCUCGGCCUUUUCCCCCUCAUCACGCUUCUAUAGCACGUGCCAUAUUGAUCCGGCGGUGUCUCGACUGCAGCAUGGAUUCGGUGAGGACGAUGUUUCAGAAGGUUCAUAAGCCAGACAAGGUGGUUGUCUUGGAUGCGCAAUAGCCCUCCUCUGUCUUACCUCCAUACAUUAAUCAUGACUAAGGCACUGAGCAUCAGAAUAGCGUAUGCACCGACUAUAUCCCUCGGAUCUCUUCUUGACCUUAUAUUUGCAGCAUCAUGGGGCCCUCUGGAAGCGGCAAGACGACAUUCAUUAAUGAAGCCAGCGGGUCUGACUUUGCAGUCGGAAAGGGUCUCGAAAGUUGCACCAGUGAGGUGCAAGCAACGAAACCUUUUGAGCUCAACGGCCGGCAAGUCACGUUGAUCGACACUCCCGGCUUCGAUGAUACCAGCCGUAGUGAUACGGACAUCUUAGCAAUGAUAGGAGCAUACCUCUCACAGACAUAUGAACAUGGUGCCAAACUUGCUGGCAUCGUAUACAUGCACCGCAUAUCAGAUUUCCGGAUGGGAGGAACAAAUAAACGAAAUUUCAAGAUGUUCCGAGAGCUCUGUGGGGAGUCCACGCUGCGAAACGUGUUGAUAGUAACGAACAUGUGGAGUGAAGUCGCUCCUGACAUCGGGGAGAUGAGGGAGAAGGAGUUAGAGACUAAUUUCUUCAAAGCUGUCCUGAACAAGGGUGCGCGGAUGUUGAGACAUGAGGGCACGCGAGAAUCGACGCACCGCAUUCUACGAUACCUGAUUCAUAACCAACCUGCCACGCUGCUCAUUCAAAAGGAGCUGGUCAACGAGCAGAAGAAUAUCGUACAGACCUCUGCAGGAUUUGAGCUGACACGAGUUCUGAAUGAGCAGAGAGAGUAUCACGAAGAAGUAGUGGCUCAGUUGCGCAGAGAUAUGGAGGCGGCGAUCCGAGACAAGGACCAAGAAACGAAGGAGGAACUUAAGGAUGAGAUUCAGAGUAAGCACGAGCAGAUAUUGAAGUUACAAGGCAACAAGGAGCGGCUUGAGGCAGAGUUCAAAGCCGCCAAGGAGAGGCUAGAGGCUCGGAUCAGUGCGAUAGAGGAGAGGCACCAGGAGCAAGGACGUGUUGUAGACGCUCUGCAAGAACAGCUAGAGAUGGAGAGAAAAGAAAGGGAAAAAUUGGCCGUCGAACAGGAACAGAAGGAGCAGCGGUUGCGUCGCCUAGAAGAGGACAACGCCAGAACUCAGGAAAUGGAGCGACUGAACAGCAUCCGUGAACUGAACAGACUUGCGUACGUUCGUGUGGAGCUACAAGAAGAGCUUCGAAAGGAAGACCAGCAGAGCAUAAUCGAGUCGGAAGUCGGCGGGGUAAUAGAGAAUGUGAUCUCUUGGGUAACGUCGUGGUGGUCAUGAUCCAAACUGCGACAAACUAUUUAUUUGUGCUAUGUACCUUAUAAGUAAAACGCCUCCUGAUAUUCAUCCAC